AUGAAUGAAGACGGGCUGCUGCUUGCAAAUUGGGCAUUACCCUCGAUGAAAGAAUGGCAGGAUGAAAUCCAAGCCAAUAACAAUGGGAGUCAGCCAGCCGAAACCGGUCAGCGAUGUUCUCAGAUAAUUUUCGAGACAUGGAUGAAGCGGAAGUGCCUUGAGCAACCGCUGAUUGAUUGUCGAUUUGGCUACGACUUCCAAUCUCUUGUAGAGAGCGACGGGGAAGUUACCGCAACUUUCACGGAUCAAGCCAAUGACACAAGAGUGAUUCGAAGUCGAUUUUUGGUGAGCUGCGAUGGAGGGCAGAGUCGAGUACGAAAGAGCGCGGGAGUCAAAAUGGUUGGAGGACAAAUGCUUGCGACAAUGCUCCUCGUCCAUUUCCGAUCCAGAGAGCUUGCGAAAUUGCGUCGUUUUGGUCGUUUUGGUCGUUUUGGCAUGCCUUUUCUCCUGACAGGAGAUACCUUCACCGCGCACUUAAUGCUGGACAACCCAAACAUCACGGCAACAACCUUAGACCCCCAAGAGGCUAUUUACCGGGUUUUAGCAGGGGCGGCAGGCAAAUAUCCCGUAAAGAUUGGCCAGAUCCUUGUCUGUAACAUAUGGCACCCUAACCUCGCUCUUGCGGAACACUACGCAUCUGACUCAGGAGCGGUUAUCUUAGCAGGAGAUGCCGCUCACAAGGAUCCACCGCACGGCGGGUACGGUAUGAGUUCUGGCGUCGAAGAUGCCCUUGCCUGGUAUCAGGAUAACCCAAAGCUUCUGACCGCUGGCACUCCCGCCGGCAUUGCGUUGCGGGAGAAGCUUUCUUCCUACAUUACCACAUCCGGUAGCGAGUAUCGAGAUCGAGGAAUAGAACUGGACUCUCGCUACAAGUCCGCUGCAAUAUCUUCUGACAAUACCGAGGAACCGCCAUAUGAUGUGAAAACUUACGUCUCUAGUACCAGACCCGGCCACCGAGCUCCUCAUGUCUUUCUCAAGGACGGUAAAACAAGUACUGUUGAUCUCAUUGCUGGCCAAUGGACCCUUGUUGACUUUGUGGACUCAUGUUCCGACAGCACCGCGGUGGACGGGUUUGUUCCCAUGGCACGAAAGCAAUUCGGCAUUCCCUUGAACCACGCUGUUCUGCGAUCCGAGCAAGCCGCUCAUAGCAUAUGGGGAACUAAUUUGGCGCUCUGCCGUCCAGACGGUCACGUUGCCUGGCGUGCCAAUACCAUGCCCGAAUCUGCCGAAGCGAGGAAAGAGAUUCUAGCAACCGUGACUGGAUACCAGAUUCAUGAGGAUUAUAACAAGCGAGAGAUGGACGAAGAUAGGGUACGCGCUAAAGUUGGGAUCGCUACCUCUUUUCAGACUGCUGUACUUGCGCACGACGACGACGACGAUGAUGAUAAAGGCGUCUGA